AUCAUUAAAUUCAAAAAUGCAACGUUUUCUGAAAGUAUUCAACCAGCAAACAUGCAAAGUAAUCGGCAUGAUACACGUAAAUGCCCUGCCAGGAACACCACGAUACGCCGGCAACUGGAAGGAGACGAUUGAGAAGGCCGUAUACGAGGCCAAUCUCUACAAGAAACAUCAACUGGAUGCCGUGCUCAUCGAGAAUAUGCACGAUAUUCCCUACAUACCAGAGCGUCUCAUUGGCCCCGAGAUAGUGGCCUGCAUGACUCGACUGGGACAGGCAGUGCGGGAUGUGAUCCCCCAGGAAACUCCGUGUGGUGUUCAGGUCCUCGCCUGCGGCAAUAAACAAGCCUUGGCCAUUGCCAAAGCCAGUCGGCUGCAGUUCAUCCGCAGUGAGGGAUUCGUUUUUGGUCAUGUGGCCGAUGAGGGCUACACAGAUGCCUGUGCGGGGGAUUUGCUGCGAUACCGCAAGCUCAUCGAUGCCGAGGAUGUACUGAUCUUUACGGAUCUUAAGAAGAAACACAGCUCCCAUGCGAUAACUGGUGAUGUCAGUCUCCUAGAAACAGCCCACGCGGCAGAGUUCUUCCUCACCGAUGGCAUUAUCAUCACGGGAACAGCAACGGGUCAUGCAGCCAGUCCGGAAGAUCUGCAGCAGCUAUCGGGCCGGGUAAAGGUUCCCUUGAUAAUUGGUUCCGGCGUUACCAAAGAUAACAUCGGUAGCUACUUCAAGGAUGCCCAAGCAGUCAUAAUUGGUUCGCACUUUAAGCGAAAUGGCAGUUGGCUGGAGGAGAUUAGCGAAGAAGCUGUGGGUGACUUUAUGCAAAAGAUCUGCCAUUUGAGACAAUCUUAAUGAUCAGAAUUGUUAAUAAUUUUAUUGAUGUGUAUAAAUGUUGUAAGCGAAUA